UUACAUUGCGCUUUCACACCCUGCUACAACUGGAAUCCGUUUCACUCCGACCUGGCAAUGCAAGAAGUUUGCAGUACCAUCGAACACAUGGGAGCACAAAUCAAAUCAGAAUCUCCGGCGAUCGGCUCGCUUCAGGCUGGUGCGGCGGUAGUAGUUGGAAGUGAAACCGACAUUAUCAAUCCGCAACAAGUUUCCCUCACCGCUGCCCAACAGCAACAAGCGAUCAUCGCUGGUGGAGGACCGCAGCUGGUUGGUCGAAAACAAGCAAUCUGUGAUAAACCACCGCGAGCUGCGACCCAACUGCCCGUGGCAGCGUCCGUAGAGGGUCUAGGCUCGCAAGCUGCUACACAACAACAGCAGCAGCAACCCCAUCCGGAUACUUCUUACUGGAUGCAGAACGAAAGUGGCUUUAUCAACUCACAACCCUCAAUGGCUGAAUUCUUGACACAUAUCGACAGUGAGAGCCCUAAGCUCAUCUCACAAGGUUACCCGAUGGGUCCCAGUGAUAGUAUGGAGUCCGUGCCGGAGUAUCCCUGGAUGAAGGAGAAAAAAACGGCCCGUAAAGCUACAGCACAAGCUGAAUUUGUUGCUGAAAACGGUUUACCACGACGGUUGCGCACGGCAUACACAAACACACAGCUCCUAGAGCUUGAGAAGGAGUUUCACUUCAAUAAAUAUCUUUGCCGGCCACGAAGAAUCGAAAUAGCGGCUAGUCUCGAUCUAACCGAAAGACAGGUGAAAGUAUGGUUUCAAAAUCGACGCAUGAAACAUAAACGACAAACACUCUCCAAAACUGACGAUGACGAGUCGGGAAAGGACGAUCUCAAGGAUUCCAAUUCAAAAAAAUCUUGCCAAGGAUGUGAACUGCCUUCCGAUGACAUACCGGACUCGACUUCCAGCUCACGGGGGAUGAACAAUAGUACGCCCAACGCCGCCAUGACACCGAAUUCCACCGUCGAAAUAAGCACACCGACUGGUGGUGGCGGAGGCUCUGGCGGCGUUACCAACACGGUUAGUGCUGACUCCAGUGUUGCCUCGACGGGAAGUCUCGACGAGGAGGACGAAAUACAUGCCAAAGUGAAGAAGAAAUCCGACGCAAUUAAGAAAGAAUCGGUCAGCUCGACGAAAAUUAUCAACAGCAACUCCUUCAAAAGCUACGACACUACUAGCUAUUCCAAGGAUAGUGGUCCGGUAUUGGGUUCAACCUCCGCCCCAAUUCCUAUCCCACACAGUCCCGUUUCUACCUCGGCCAUCUCGCCGAGCAGCAAUAGUAAUAGUAACAACAAUAAUAACAAUAGUAACAAUAACAAUCUCCAGUCAUACUACAAUCAUCCCAGUCCUUACGGCAUAGCGAAGAAUAAGAUACCACAUGGACCAAUCGUAAGUCACGAGAGUGAAGGAUCGCCAACCACUACUGGAUCAUCGGGGAGUGGAAUGUAUUUCAACAGUAAACCACAACCACAAGAGUACUUUUGUAAGACAGAUGCUGGCGUACAUUAUCAACCACCGUACCAACAUUACCAGAAAACAAUCAUACCACCUGGAUCGGGAUACGGUGGUCCACAACAGCAUGCGAUAAGCGAAAGCUAUCCCAAUGCACAAAAACUAGAAUUUAACGCACCGUUAGGGUUGAAGAGCUUCGGCAACAAGGCUUUACUGCAAGAUUCUUCCCAAAAGCUUCCGCACGCACAGCAGCAACUAACCGAUACAGCGUUCCAAGCACAGACCCAACCAUACUACAACAGUUGCGACACAGGCCUUAACAACGUCGGCCAGUAUGGUCCGAGCGGGCAGCAGUACUAUCCAAACGAUUACGAUCCUCAACAUGAGUUUGGUGGAGGAGCUGGUUACUACGAAUCGACAAAGGCAGGUGCAGUAGGACAAGGCCACUACUACGAUGGUAUGAGCUCUUUUCAUCAUGGCACAUUGGCUGCUAACAACAACAUGGACUAUCAAGGCAAUGGCGCGUACACUGGACUCGGUGCCCCAGUACCAGGGGGAAUGGGGAAUGAGUCCUGCGAAACUUUCCCCUUCCAUCAAGCAUCUCCCGUAGCUAGUGUAUAUUACGAACAACAACAACAACAGCAUCAUCAUCAUCAACAACAGCAGCAGCACCAGCACCAUGCGCAGCAACACCAUCAUCCCUUUCAGCAUCAGCAAAACAGUCAGCAACUGCAUACGUUCCAUCAUCAACAGCAAACUCUACCGAACCCUGCCGGUGUCGGUAUAAACAGUGCUGCUGUAGUCAGGACAACAACCCAAAUCACAAAUCACCACGAAAUUACCACAGGCGAGCUCUGCUCGUUCAACGGUUGCCCGCCAGCUGGCAGCACCAGUUCGCCACAAACUAAACCUGCCGCCAUGGUUAGUCUGGACAAUUCCAAUUCAUCCGACUUUAAUUUUCUUAGCAAUUUGGCUAACGAUUUCGCUCCAGAAUAUUAUCAACUAAGCUAAUUCGCAAUUCAGUUGCU